AUUAUAACAGCCAAUGCAGCCGCCAUCCACGCACAAGCAAAGAAGCAUGUCCCAUUUAAAUACACCCACGCAGCCCCAGCGCCCUUAGCCGAUCAGGGCGCUCAGCCCACACGCACCGCGGCUCAGGGAUAGGAAUAUACGCGCAGGUUCAGCUCCCAGACCCGGUGGACAGCGGUGCGGAGGAUCGGGAUACGGCGCUGAGGGGCUGGGGUGGGCGGGGGAGGCUGGGCCCGGGGCCAUUGGCUCGACCGACACCCGUAUGAAGACACAAGUGAAAUAGACCAAGGUGGAAUUUCCAAAGGAGAAGCUUAGGGGUGGUUUUGGGCCAUUUCUCCAGCGAAGAAGUAGACAUGGCGAGCGACUCGCCGGCUCGCAGCCUGGAUGAAAUAGAUCUCUCGGCUCUGAGGGACCCUGCAGGGAUCUUUGAAUUGGUGGAACUUGUUGGAAAUGGAACAUAUGGACAGGUUUAUAAGGGUCGUCAUGUUAAAACGGGCCAGCUUGCAGCAAUCAAAGUUAUGGAUGUCACAGGGGAUGAAGAGGAAGAAAUCAAGCAAGAAAUUAACAUGUUGAAGAAGUAUUCUCAUCACCGAAAUAUUGCUACAUACUAUGGUGCUUUUAUCAAAAAGAACCCUCCAGGCAUGGAUGACCAGCUCUGGUUGGUGAUGGAGUUUUGUGGUGCUGGCUCUGUCACUGAUCUGAUCAAGAACACAAAAGGGAACACGUUGAAGGAGGAAUGGAUCGCGUACAUCUGCAGAGAGAUCUUACGGGGGCUGAGUCACCUGCACCAGCAUAAAGUGAUUCAUCGAGAUAUUAAAGGGCAGAAUGUUCUGCUGACUGAAAAUGCAGAAGUUAAACUAGUGGACUUUGGAGUCAGCGCCCAGUUAGAUCGAACAGUGGGCCGAAGGAAUACCUUCAUCGGGACUCCCUACUGGAUGGCUCCAGAAGUCAUUGCUUGUGAUGAAAACCCAGAUGCCACAUAUGACUUCAAGAGUGACUUGUGGUCUCUGGGAAUCACCGCCAUUGAGAUGGCAGAAGGUGCUCCCCCUCUCUGUGACAUGCACCCCAUGAGAGCCCUCUUCCUUAUCCCCCGGAAUCCAGCACCUCGCCUGAAGUCUAAGAAAUGGUCAAAAAAAUUUCAGUCUUUUAUUGAGAGCUGCUUGGUAAAGAAUCACAGCCAGAGACCAGCAACAGAACAGCUGAUGAAGCACCCAUUUAUACGAGAUCAACCUAAUGAGCGACAGGUCCGCAUUCAACUCAAGGACCAUAUUGAUAGAACAAAGAAGAAGCGAGGAGAGAAAGAUGAGACAGAGUACGAGUACAGCGGAAGUGAGGAAGAGGAGGAGGAGAAUGACUCUGGAGAGCCUAGCUCCAUUCUGAACUUGCCAGGGGAGUCGACGCUGCGUCGGGACUUUCUGAGGCUCCAGCUGGCCAACAAGGAGCGCUCCGAGGCCCUGCGGAGGCAGCAGCUGGAGCAGCAACAGCGGGAGAACGAGGAGCACAAGAGACAGCUGCUGGCUGAGCGUCAGAAGCGCAUCGAGGAGCAGAAGGAGCAGCGGCGGCGGCUGGAGGAGCAACAAAGGCGAGAGAAAGAGCUGAGGAAGCAGCAGGAGAGGGAACAGCGCAGGCACUAUGAGGAGCAGAUGCGCCGGGAGGAGGAGCGGCGGCGUGCAGAGCAUGAGCAGGAGUACAUCAGGCGACAGUUAGAGGAGGAGCAGAGGCAGUUAGAGAUCUUGCAGCAACAGCUACUGCAUGAACAAGCUCUACUUCUGGAAUAUAAGCGCAAACAAUUGGAAGAACAGAGACAAGCAGAAAGACUGCAGAGACAGCUAAAGCAAGAAAGGGACUAUUUGGUAUCCCUUCAGCAUCAACGGCAAGAACAGAGGCCUGUGGAGAAGAAACCACUGUAUCAUUACAAAGAAGGGAUGAGCCCUAGUGAGAAGCCAGCUUGGGCCAAGGAGGUAGAAGAACGUUCAAGGCUCAACAGGCAGAGUUCACCUGCUAUGCCUCAUAAGGUUGCCAACAGGAUAUCUGACCCUAACCUGCCCCCAAGGUCCGAGUCCUUCAGCAUCAGUGGGGUUCAGCCUGCUCGGACACCUCCCAUGCUCAGACCAGUGGAUCCUCAGAUCCCACAUCUGGUGGCUGUGAAAUCCCAGGGACCUGCCUUGACUGCCUCCCAGUCAGUGCAUGAGCAGCCCACGAAGGGUCUCUCCGGGUUCCAGGAGGCUCUAAAUGUGACCUCACAUCGUGUUGAGAUGCCACGCCAGAAUUCAGAUCCCACUUCUGAAAACCCUCCUCUCCCCACUCGCGUUGAAAAGUUUGACCGAAGCUCUUGGUUACGACAGGAAGAAGACAUUCCACCAAAGGUGCCUCAAAGAACAACUUCUAUUUCCCCAGCAUUAGCCAGAAAGAAUUCUCCUGGAAAUGGUAGUGCUCUGGGACCCAGACUAGGAUCUCAACCCAUCAGAGCAAGCAACCCUGACCUCCGGAGAACCGAGCCCAUCUUGGAGAGCCCCUUGCAGAGGACCAGCAGUGGUAGCUCCUCCAGCUCAAGCACUCCCAGCUCUCAGCCCAGUUCUCAAGGAGGCUCCCAGCCCGGAUCGCAAGCAGGUUCCAGUGAACGGACCAGAGUUCGAGCCAACAGUAAGUCAGAAGGGUCACCUGUGCUCCCCCACGAACCUUCCAAGGUGAAACCAGAAGAAUCCCGGGACAUCACCCGACCUAGUCGACCAGCUAGCUAUAAGAAAGCUAUAGAUGAGGAUCUGACGGCAUUAGCCAAAGAAUUAAGAGAACUUCGCAUUGAAGAAACAAAUCGUCCCCUGAAGAAGGUGACUGAUUAUUCCUCAUCCAGUGAGGAGUCAGAAAGUAGUGAAGAGGAGGAGGAAGACGGGGAGAGCGAGACUCAUGAUGGGACAGUGGCGGUCAGCGACAUACCCAGGCUGAUACCAACAGGAGCUCCUGGGAGCAAUGAGCAGUACAAUGUGGGGAUGGUGGGGACGCAUGGACUGGACACCUCCCACACAGACACUUUCAGCAGCAGUAUUUCAAGAGAAGGAACCUUGAUGAUAAGAGAGACAUCUGGAGACAAGAAGCGAUCCGGCCACAGUGACAGCAAUGGCUUUGCAGGCCACAUCAACCUCCCGGACCUAGUGCAGCAGAGUCAUUCCCCAGCUGGAACCCCAACUGAGGGCCUAGGGCGUGUGUCCACCCAUUCCCAGGAGAUGGAUUCUGGGACUGAAUAUGGCAUGGGGAGCAGCACCAAAGCCUCCUUCACCCCCUUUGUGGAUCCGAGAGUAUACCAGACAUCUCCCACUGAUGAAGACGAAGAGGAUGAAGAAUCUGCAGCAGCAGCUCUGUUUACUAGCGAACUUCUUAGGCAAGAGCAGGCCAAACUCAAUGAAGCAAGAAAGAUUUCAGUGGUAAACGUAAAUCCAACCAACAUUCGGCCUCAUAGUGACACUCCAGAAAUCAGAAAGUACAAGAAACGAUUCAACUCAGAAAUCCUUUGUGCAGCACUGUGGGGUGUAAACCUCCUCGUGGGAACGGAAAAUGGCCUGAUGCUUUUGGACCGAAGUGGGCAAGGCAAAGUCUAUAAUCUGAUCAACCGGAGGCGAUUUCAGCAGAUGGAUGUGCUAGAGGGACUGAAUGUCCUUGUGACCAUAUCAGGAAAGAAGAAUAAGCUACGAGUUUACUAUCUUUCAUGGUUAAGAAACAGAAUAUUACAUAAUGACCCAGAAGUGGAAAAGAAACAAGGCUGGAUAACUGUUGGGGAUUUGGAAGGCUGUAUACAUUAUAAAGUUGUUAAAUAUGAAAGGAUCAAAUUCUUGGUGAUUGCCUUAAAGAAUGCUGUGGAGAUAUAUGCUUGGGCUCCUAAACCAUAUCAUAAGUUUAUGGCAUUUAAGUCUUUUGCAGAUCUCCAGCACAAGCCUCUGCUUGUUGAUCUCACGGUAGAAGAAGGCCAAAGAUUAAAGGUUAUCUUUGGUUCACACACUGGUUUCCAUGUAAUUGAUGUUGAUUCAGGAAACUCUUAUGAUAUCUACAUACCAUCUCAUAUUCAAGGCACUAUCACACCUCAUGCUAUUGUCAUCUUGCCUAAAACAGAUGGAAUGGAAAUGCUUGUUUGCUAUGAGGAUGAGGGGGUGUAUGUAAACACCUACGGCCGGAUAACUAAGGAUGUGGUGCUCCAAUGGGGAGAAAUGCCCACGUCUGUGGCCUACAUUCAUUCCAAUCAGAUAAUGGGCUGGGGCGAGAAAGCUAUUGAGAUCCGGUCAGUGGAAACGGGACAUUUGGAUGGCGUAUUUAUGCAUAAGCGAGCUCAAAGGUUAAAGUUUCUAUGUGAAAGAAAUGAUAAGGUAUUUUUUGCAUCCGUGCGAUCUGGAGGAAGUAGCCAAGUGUUUUUCAUGACCCUCAACAGAAAUUCCAUGAUGAACUGGUAACAGAAGAGCACUUGGCACUUAGCUUCAUGGCGUUAUUUCUAAUUUAAAAGAACAUAACUCGUGUGGAAUUAUGCCAGUCUAGAGGCAGACUCAGAAGGCUCGGUUGAACGUACCACUUUCCCUUUCUCCUCACCCUCCACCCCUCCCAGUACAGUCCACCUUUCAAUGUUGCAGCCUGGUUGAGAAAGAGAGAACAAGGUGGCAGGAGUUUCCAGGAGAUCCCCAAGAACGCUGCAUUGUCUGUGGACAAAGAUGGACCGUGUGCCCUUUGGAGUUAGGGAUAGAAACAAAUAUUGUGUGCUCUUAUGAUUAAGUUGUGCUUUGGUGGGUUUUGAGUUCUUUACCUUUUUCUUUACCCUUCCCUUACUUCGUAAGAAUGGGGAGAGAAUGCAUACUGAGAAAAUGAGUCUGUUUUUAAUUCUGUCUGCCUGCUAGUGUUCAUUAUAAUAUGGUAUGUUGUAAAUUUUCCAAUUUCAAAUGGUGAGAGACAGCACAAUAAAUGUACCUAUCUCCUCACACUGAAGGCCAUAACUGCAUAGUGCGGGUGAUUUUAGAACUUUUUUGCCUUCACCGACCCAAAAGGUUGCUUUUUGAUAGCAACUGGCUAUUGAAUUUUUAAAAGAGAAGACAAAUACUAAUUUUCCCCUCUUUUGGGAAAUAGAUUUUAAAUGGCUAAACUACUAGCCCUAGGCUAAUAAAAUCAACUGACAUGUUUGUGAGUCUGACAGGCCAUAUUUGUCUGUGGCCCUCUACAGGAUGGAAUGUGUUGAAUAGGAUAGUAGUACCAUUGUGUUGAGUUUGCUCUAGCUACUGAGGGGCUCUAGCACAGAAUCUUCCCUCAGCUAUUUUGCAGUUGAUCAGGUCAAAAGACGAGACAGCAGGUGGGCUCAGGCAGAAAGUGUUCUGGGAAGCAAGCUAAUAAAUAUAGACUUUUUCAUUUUUUUCUUUAAAUGCACAAAGCCUCUAAGGCUAAGAGGUCGUGUGGUGUGGGCAUCGUUAGGACUAAGAGUUUGUGAAAUUCCAUUUGCGAUUUGAGGAGUGGAUGACAUCCAGAUUCUGGUUAUUCCCAUUUCUCUCCUGAGGGUGCCACUUUCCCAAGAUGAAAACUGUGACUGAAAAAAAGAAAUUAAUAAUAAAUCUUUCCGAGCUGCCUGUGUUCUCUCUGGGUUGGUGAGAGAAGGGACUAGACUGCUAAGCCUGCCUGAUACACAGCAGGCAUCACUGGUUCAGAUUUUACCGAACUUGAAAGCAAGGCUUUGGCCAAAAUGCUGAGACCCUAAUCAUUGUACCUUCCUCCAAAUUACCCAACAUACGGUAAACAACAUUUGUGCAGAACUAUGUAUGUAUUUAGUUCAGGUUGACUUGUGUCCUAUAAACUCUUACUCAGAUGAUUUGAACUU